GGCCUGUUUUGAUCGCUCUACAUGUUGCAUUGAUAUCAAACAACGGAAAGCAAAGACCUUAGGUACAACCAGCAACGUAUUCUCAAUUAUCAGAUUUGAAGAUUCUCAUCGAUUUAGGUUUUUCAACAUGAACACCUCUGUUUCCGGCGCUUCAAGUAACGAAAAGUAUGCUACCGGUAGUAAUGCUACAGAAUCGGGAAACGCAAGAAAACCCACAUUGGAGAAAAUAUUCGAACAACUCCUGACGUACUGCAAGGAGCAAGAUAAAUCCCGUGAGGUUCAAGAUGACCAAGAAAAAUCCCUUAAAGAUAAAAGGGAAGAUAUGAAAGAUGUGAACAAUGAAUGGAGCGAGUGUCAGUCUACGAGUACAACUUCAAAUAGCAAUUGCAGAGCAACAUGUUAUUCGUCUUCCCGUUCAAAUCGUUUCCCUCCAUUUUCUUUGACUUUUGGUGGUACCUCUGAUCCGCCAUGUUUGUGUCGUUCAAGUUCUUGCUGUUUUUCUCAAGGCGUUCAGAAUUCUCAAGUCCACUGUGCUAAUUCUGGGAGUAGCAAUAGAGUUCUUCAGAUUCACAUGCCUGAGUCAUCGCAAGAGCCUUGUCGGAUUUUGAUCUCUUCAGAUAAAGAUCAACUAACUGUGAAAUAUCUCAAGCAAGGACAGCAGUUUACGUUUGCGGCUUCCUGUAAAGAUAAUGGGGUCCAUGAAGACAAAUUGGACAGUGAAGACUUCAACCUUCCUGCGAAGAAGGGUUCCAAUCUAACAAAUGGUGAAGCGUCCGACGUUCAACCACUUGGAAUACAAGGCGAGUCUUGUGAUGGGAACGUACAGGAUGUUACACUUGACGAAGACAGGAGAGUGCUCUUAUCGCGCAAGAGACAAAGAGACGAGUCGACAGCAGAGAGCAACUUCUACGACUUGUUAUUAAAAAGAAGAAUGGAAGAGGAGCAGAAGAAAAGCUCUGAAGCUGGAAAUGAUGACGAUAGUUAUAGUGGUUCCGAGAAUGACAUUCAUGACAGGGUCGAUUCUGUAGAGCCAGAAGUGAAUGGUACUGAUUUUAGCAAUCAAGAAUCAGAGCUAGUGCCUCUUGAAAUUGAAAGUGCUGCUCCCAAAACCAUCAAUGAAUCAAUCGUGGGAAGUAUCUAUUCCAAGGAAGAAGAGUCAGAAAUGAAAACUCGCGAAACAGGUCCUGUGGAUAUGGCGCCCAAUCAGGUGAAUUUUUCAAAGUCCACUUGUGAAUUUCUUGGCGGGAAUAACAACAGGGGACGGUUUAAGUGUCAAUAUUGUACAGAAACAUUUGAACAACGAGUUGAAUACAUCACACAUCAAAACAUGCAUGCCAACGAUAGGCCUUACAACUGUCCAAUGUGUAACGAAACAUUCAAGCAACGACGAAGCCUCAAAUACCACAUAAAACAUCACAAUGGAGAACGACCUUACAAGUGUAUCUACUGUGAAAAGGCCUUUAAAGAAAAGUAUCACUUGACCGUGCAUAUAAGAACUCAUACCGGAGAACGCCCCUUCGCGUGUACGAUUUGUGGCAAGGCGUUCAAGCAGACCAAUGAACUAACUUCCCAUAUAAGGACACAUACCGGAGAAAGGCCGUAUAGCUGUACGCUAUGUAACAAGUGGUAUAAGAGACGAAGCCAGCUGUAUCACCACAAUCAAACUUGUCACAUGACUGGCGGCCAUGAUUCGUUGCCUGGAUACGAUGAGGCACAAAGUAUGCCGAACUCAAAUUUAGAGUCCAAGCAAACAAGUAUUGCUUCGCAGUGAAAAACUUUAACAUAGCUAAUAUAGUUAGUGUUGAUCAUCACAGUGAUAGCUAAUAGUAAGACCCCUUUGAAAGUUAUGUAGAACGCGAGACUGGAAUGAAAGAAAAAGCCUCAAAUUUAAUCGAGAAAAAUCGUACCUUUUAUUAUUAUUCCUCUAUUUAUUAUAUUUUCCAGUUACCUUCGUAUCAGGCCAAGAUAACUUCAGAAAGGGGUCCGAGUAUUAGAGAUAAAAGUUGAAACCGAAAAGGGCUUCUGGUUAAUCUGUACGCAGAAAUUAUGUAUAGAGUGAAGUCAUUAAAGCCGUGAAAUAGAUAUUAGACUAACACACUUUAGUAGAGUGACCACAGUAAAUCCGUGAAACUUUAGUAAUACUAAAUAGCAUAA